UUUGCUUCUUGAACUGCUUUUCAUCUUUUGAUGCAGCAUAAUGUUAUUAAUUUUAAAAUUUUUGAUCAUCACUGUAAUAUUAUUAUCCUUUAAGACUAAUGAUGAGUUCAAAUUGAUGCAAAUCAACUUUCACCGCUGAUAUCUGUGAUUGACUGGUCAUGGAUCAAUUAAAAACAGUGUUGAUUAAAUCAACUUGCUUUAAAAUCGAACCUAUAUAUUUUUUAUCAUUUAACUUCAAAUAUUGACACCGGAAUCAGUGUAUAUUCUAGUUAGUACAAAAAAUGGCUACUGAGCAAGGAGCUAUUGACUCGGACUCUAGUGACUCAAACCAGAUGAAAAUUGUUGACCCUGCCAGUGAUGUUAGUCCUCCACCUCCUCAAUCAUCAGAAUCGUCAUCACAAUCUCACCCAUCAUCUUCACUAUCAUCUCAAAUUUUAAAUGUUUCUACUCCCGAUCCUUCUACCACCCAAGAUCAACUAGGAGCUUUAGCGUCAACAAAACCGCAAGAGACUAGUGAUAUCGCCAAUAUCAAAAAUAAUUCUAUUGCUUCUGAAUCUACAAAAAUUGACGAUCAACCUGAAUUGCUGACAAAUUCUGCAGACGAAAUGGUCGAAAUGCAAGACACCGAGAAUGGUAUUUCUAAUCAUGGUGGCUCACCGAGCUGUGAAAUUUCUAUGAAACCAAAAAGUCAGGGCAAAAAGCGCCCCAUCGAUGAAGUGACACGUGACCAAAAUGAACCAACAAUUGAAAGUGCGGAAAAAAAACUAGCCCAACAUCAUUAUAAGAAUGAUAAAAGGCAAGAAAAGGACGACUACUGUUGGAUAUGCCACAAAGAGAAAGGCAAUAACUAUAUCACCUGUAAAUCGUGUCCCAGAAGCUAUCAUCGCAAGUGUCUGCCACCUGAUAACUCUGCUUCCAGUGAACUCUUCGAGGCGAAUAAAAAUUGUGCUAAUAAUAGUGAUUGGAUUUGUAUCGAAUGUUCUGCCAUUAACAAAUCAGAAGAUUUAGCUUCAAAAUCUUCAACCCUGAGUCAUUUAAAUCCACAUGAUUUCUCUGAACUUCUCAUGUUUGCUGUACAGACCAUCAAGGCGACUGCCGAUAGAUCAUUUCAUCAACCUGUAUCUGAUGCAGUUUUUCCAGAUUAUCGUAGUUUUAUAAAACAUCCUAUGGAUUUCAGUACAAUCGAAAGAAAUAUUCGUUCUAAAGUCUAUAAAAGUACGGACAGUUUAAUGGCUGACAUAAAAUAUAUCGUCCACAAUUGUUAUAUUUACAAUUCACCAAAUCAUCCUCUAACAAAAAAUGCCAAUUAUUUCCUUAAAGUGGCUAAAAAUGAAAUGCAAGAAAUUGAAAUUUGCUUCAAUUGUUUCCGAAAUUUUUACACAUUUAAAGAUAAAGAUUGGUUCACCGAGCCCUGUGCCCGACCCCACAUACUUGUUUACGCUAAAAUGAGAGGUUAUCCACCUUGGCCAGCAAAAGUCGUACGAUAUGAUAAAGAAAAGAACGAAGUUGAUGUGCGAUUUUUUGGAGCGCAUGAUAGAUCAUGGGUUCCUGUUGAACAAUGUAGUCUAUUAACUAAACCAAAUUCCACUAAAAGUGCUAAAGGAUCCGGGAAAGGACAAAAGAACAGCAAAUAUGAUUCUGCCUUGAACGAGCUUGCUUUGCAUGUUAAACGAUUGAAUGAAUUGUUUCCAUUCAAGUUUCACUAUGCAAAAUCAAAACAGCCCAUCAAUGUUAACAAACUUUAUAUCUGUGACGGACUUGAAGACGAAGAGAUGUCAUCACUUGAUGACGAUAGAGACUCUGAUCUGAAUGAAGACAAGCUUGUGAUCGACGAGACAGGAGAUGAUCUGGAAAUAGCCGAAAGUGAUGGUAAAGGAUUGAAAUCUGAAAAGGUAGAAAGUUCGAGUGAACUUUCACCAUCACCAGAUCCACCGACAAUUCCAGAGAAACCAGUGAAAAGUGAAGCGCCUAUACCUAAAUUGACGAUACCAAAAUCUAUUAAAAUUCCAUUACGUUCACCCCAAGUGCAACAGCAACAAUCACCACAACAGCCAAACGCUUCGCCAAAAAAAGACGAAACACCAAAAUCAGUCAAGAAGAAGACCAGUCAAGGAAAAGUCAAGAAGGAUAAAGAAAAGGUGGAAAACGAGAAGACACCUUUAUCUGUUAAGAAAUCUGGUUCAGCUAAAAAGAAAGUCCCGGUUAAAGUAGAAGAAAACGAGUCAACUAAAAUUUUCGAUGAGCUGGAAGCAUUGAGAAAGAAAUACGAGUUUGAGAAAAUGAUGCACAAAGAACAGCUCAAGGAAAUUGAACAUAAUCAAAAUUUGAAAAUAAGAGAAAUGAGAGAAUCAUGGCAAAAGGAAAACGAAAGAGCUUUAAAAGAAUUGACAACAACUCUGGAAGAAAAAUAUCGCAAAGAAAUCGAGGAAACAAAAAAGAAACUCUGGUGCUCCGAAUGUCUUAAAGAGGCAAUGUACUUUUGCUGUUGGAAUACAUCUUAUUGUAGUCUUGAUUGUCAGAAAGCACAAUGGCCGAAACACGCAUCCAAAUGCCAACAACAGUCACAUUGGCAGCAAACAAAUUCCCAGUCAACUGCAAACCAGCAACAAUAUAAUCAAUCAAACCAACAGCAACCUCAGCUACAGACUGCAUCAAUUAACAAUAAUACCUCGACUACUUCGUACAACUCAACAGUUAAUUAAAUUUGAUUAAUGUAAAGACAGCAUUUAUAAGAAUGGACUUCAUCGCAUGAAAAGACCCAAAUAAAAGAUGAUUUAAAAGAAACAAAAUUGACGUUACCACCAAAUUCUCAUCAUGUCCUAACUUGAAAGCCUGGCUUUAAAUUUUUCGCCUUACUUUUGUCCUGGAACUUUUUUCACAUUUUUUUGUCAAUCAACAUUUGCUAAUCACCUCUCACAACCAAACCCAUAACCUGAUGAAAGGAGGAAAAAGAAAUUACCUUUCUUAAGAAAAGUUAUUGAAAAAUUUAACAAAUUACUACAAAUUAAUAAGCUUAUAUAUUGUAUAUCAACAAUGAUAAUUUUAAGACAGAAAAAUUGUAUAAGCUACUGUUUGAGAUGAUAUUAGAAUAAGUUUAUAACCAUUCUGUCUUAUUUUUAAAUCGUUAUAAUCGUGCAAAGAGGAAAAUGAUAAUGAUAUAAAUAUACAUAUAAAUAAAUAAAUAUUGAUAAUUUCACUCAUUUUUCUUUGUCAAGCUUCAACAAAUUAUAUUAAAUAAUA